AUGACCCAUUUGAGAGUCAAACUCACCAGUUCGCAGAUGUACGACCGGGCCAUCAGCGCGCCCAGCAGCCCGACCCGCUUGAGCCAGUCCGGAAAGAGGAGCUGGGAAGAGCCCAGCUGGCUGGGAGCCUCCUCGCGGUUGCUGAGCCAGGACAUGAAGACAAACCUGAGUCGCUCCCUGCAGACCCUUCCCACUGAUGCUUCGGCCGCAGACCCAGACUUUUUCAGACCCACGAAGCCCAAGCCAUCUGCCAAAAGGAGUCAAAUGGAACUGAAAAAAUCCCGCCUCCGUUUGUCUCUGCAAGAAAAGCUCUUUGCCUAUUAUAGGAGGCAGGUAGCGAUCCCAGCGGAUGAGCAGGCCCGGGCCAAGCAAGCAGCCGUGGAUAUUUGUGCCGAGCUGCGCAGCUUCCUGCGCGCCAAGCUGCCGGACAUGCCCCUGCGUGACAUGUACCUCAGCGGCAGCCUCUACGAUGAUCUGCAGGUAGUGACAGCCGACCACAUCCAGCUUAUUGUGCCUCUGAUGCUGGAGCAGAACCUGUGGUCAUGCAUCCCUGGGGAGGACACUAUCAUGAACAUCCCUGGCUUCUACUUGGUGCGUCGGGAAAACCCCGAGUACUUUCCCCGUGGGAGCAGCUACUGGGACCGCUGUGUGGUGGGGGGCUACCUUUCCCCCAAAGCUGUAGCAGACACCUUUGAGAAAGUCGUAGCUGGCUCCAUCAACUGGCCAGCAAUUGGGACUCUCUUGGAUUAUGUGAUCCGUCCAGCAGCUCCUCCAGGAGAUUUGACACUGGAGGUCCAGUAUGAUCCAGAACGGCAUCUUUUCAUUGACUUCCUACCCUCCCUGACGCUGGGUGACAUCAUCCUUGUGGCCAAACCCCAUCGCCUGGCCCGGAAUGACAAUCUGUGGCGACUGAGCCUGCGGCCGGCGGAGACCGCCCGCCUGCGGGCCCUGGACCAGGGUGAUGCCGGCUGCCGGUGCGUGUGCCUCAAGAUCUUCAAAGCAGUGUGCAAGUCGAACCCGGCGCUGGGCCACCUCACUGCCAGCCAGCUCACCAAUGUCAUUCUGCACCUCUCCGAAGAGGAGUCCAACUGGUCCCAGGACGUGCUGGCCGACCGCUUCUUGCAGGCGCUGAAAGGACUGAUCCGCUACUUGGAGGCGGGUGUCCUCCCCAGUGCUCUGAACCCCAAGGUGAACUUGUUUUCGGAGCUCACCCCAGAAGAGGUGGAUGAGCUGGGCUACACCCUCUAUAGCUCUCUCUCAGAGCCAGAGGUCUUGCUACAGACGUAACGGGGCCUUCCUGGGGGAAGGUCUGGGUGUUUAGCCAACGUGGACUUCGAUUACUGCGAAAUAUGUCUCCUCCACUUCUCUCUGUCUCCUUUUGGCUCUUUAUUAUUUCCUGCUGUGGAGCUGCUGCUCCCACUGGAUUUCUUGGUGCUACUGGUCCAUUUCCACCAUUUUUGUUGCAGCAGGUACCUGUUAGCUAGGGAAAAGAGGAUAAAGCUGCAGCUAUAAAUCCUUGGAUAAAUUCUGAUGAUAUUUAAGCGUCUACCAGAAAAACACUAUGCACUUCUUUCUCCUGUAAUAAACUUACUCCAGUGAAUUGAAGCAGUUUUGGUCUGGAGAAGGUGGAACUGGGCCGGUGAAUCCAGUGAUGAUUUUAGCAGACUUGUGUUCAGGUCCUUUCAUUUCUUCCUGUCUGAUGUUAUCCCCAUGUU